AUGGGAUUUUAUUUGGAGCAGGUGAAUAAAGUUAUGCAGAUGGUAACGACAGUUACUUAUAAAUUUAGUCAUGAUGGCAAACAGUUCGAAAAUAUUUCUCCAAGGAGAGGCUUGAGGCAAGGUGAUGCCAUAUCACCUUAUCUAUUUUUGAUAGUUGCAGAGGGUUUAUCAGCAUUGUUGAAACGACUGUCUAUUCAGAGUCGAAUUCAUGGUGUCAAAAUUUGCAAUAAAGCACCAUCUAUUUCACACCUAUUUUUUGCGGAUGAUGCUUUAUAUUUUUUUAAAGCAGCAAAGGAGGAGGCAGAAACUAUCAAGCUAUGUUUGGAGAUUUAUCAGGCGGCCUCUGGUCAACAGGUAAAUUUUCAAAAAUCUGAUAUUUUCUUCAGUCCUAAUACAAAUGAAAGUGUGAAAAAAGAAAUCGUAGAUAUCCUUCAUGUCAAGGAGGUGAAUGCUCCUGGAAAGUAUCUUGGAUUGCCGGCAGUAAUAGGAAGAAGCAAAAAAUCUGUCUUUGCUUAUAUUCAUGAUAGAGUAAUUGCAAAGAUAAACAAUUGGAAGUGUACUAGUCUUUCUCGAGUAGGGCGAGAAGUAUUGCUCAAAACAGUGGUUCAAUCAAUUCCAACUUAUGUGAUGAAUAUGUUCGUACUUCCCAGUAAUAUAUGUGAACCUGUUGAGCGAGCCAUGAAUGGAUUUUUGUGA